AUUAUCAUUUACGAAUCGUUCUUUGAACAGUUAUAAACAACAGUAAACAUGACUUCGUGUUCAAACUUUGCCAAUUAUACUGGAGACAUUCUCCUGAUAGCCUUCUUUCCGGUUCACGAAAGUGGCCUAUACGGUCGACAACUAUGCGGCGCAGUAGCCGAAGAAGAUGGUAUACAAAUGCUCGAAGCCUUCCAUUUUACUCUAGAUGAAAUUAAUAGAAAAGAACUACCAGGAUUGCCUAAAUUUAGUUUAGGAGGAAUAGCAUUCGAUAGUUGUAGUUCUGACGCUCAUGCUCUAGAACAAGGAAUGAACGUUAUACGUAUUCUUAUGACAAAAGAUGAUACUUCAGAUUCAAUACCGUACGUCUGCCACAAUGAUACAAAACCAAUACUUAAAUCGGAUAUGAAAGCCCUGCAAAGAAUGAUCGGAGUUGUUGGAGCAUCUUCAUCGGGAGUAACAAUGGCCCUUGCCAAUAUGUUCAGAGUGUUUAACAUUCCACAAAUAUCUCCUCAAUCAACUUCGUCAGAUAUUAGUAACGUAGUUAGAUUUCCAUAUUUAGCGAGAACAGUACCUUCCGAUAGCAUUCAAGUGAACGCAAUUUUGAGUUUGUUAAGGAAAAUGAAAUGGACGUUUGUAUCGAUUGUAUACGAGAAUUCGAACUACGGUACAAGGGGAUUUUACGAGCUAAGCGGUAUAGCUGCAUUAUACGAUGUUUGCUUUGAAAAAGUUCUUCAAGUCAGAGUCAACCAGCCUGGACUAAGACAGUAUAAAGCCAUUAUUUCAGCCCUUACCGAUAAUAAAAAUAAGGCAAAAGCUGUAAUAGUUUAUUUAGAUUAUACAAAUGCGGAUUAUCUAUUCGAGGCAGCCGAUCAAGUUGGUUUAAAUAAAACAAUUUAUUGGCUAGGAGUCGACGGUUGGGCAGGAAGGAUGUCGGUUGUAAAGAAACAUAAAGAAAUUGUCAAUAACGCUUUAGCAAUUCAACCAUACGCCUUUAGAAUACCUAACUUUGACGAAUACUUUCAAAGCUUGAAACCAUUCAACAAUACGAGGAAUCCAUGGUUCAAACAAUAUUGGGAAUAUCACUUUAAUUGUUCAUUUAACGACGAAAAUAGAAACAGCGACAACUACUGCGAUGAGAAUGCUAUUAUUGGACCAGAAAAUGGUUAUGAACAAAUACCAUCUCUACAUUACGUAUACGAUGCUGUUCAAGUAUUUGUCGACUCUCUUUCUAGAAUGUAUAAGGAUAUUUGCGGAUCUACAAAUGAAUUUUGCAGCGAAUUGAGACCUGGGAAUAUUUCUGGAUCAACGCUGAUCAAAUAUAUAAGAAAUUCAACGUUUACUGGUAUAUCCGGCGUUCCAUUCUAUUUUCAAGGCGGUAUUGAUGGACCACCAAGAUAUUCAGUUCUAAGGUAUACGGUUGACGAUAGUUGGCAUAAAGUCGGUGUAUAUACUCAAGUUGAAGGCGAAUAUACAAAUCAAACUUUCCUACAAGUGGAUGAAGAUAUCCCAACCCUUUAUAAUUCAUCAAUAUGUUCGGAGGAUUGCGGUGUUGGUGAAAUUAGAAAAUUUAGUGGUGGAAUUGGAUUGGCUUGUUGCUGGAGUUGCAUUAAAUGCCCGGUGUGGAGUAGGGUUUUUUCGAUUGGAUUUCAAGAAUCUUGUGUAGACUGCCCAAAUGGAACCAAACCAGACGAUGAACAAAAGUCUUGCAUUGCAAUGGAACCUCAAUACAUUGAUUAUACUCAUCCGGUUGCAAUAGCAAGUUUGGUUGUAUCGUCGAUUGGUCUAUUAAUAAUUAUACUAGUUGGAAUAGUCAUGUUCAGAUUCAGAGAUACACCGGUUAUAAAGGCGUCUUCCAGAGAAUUAAGCGCACUUCUUCUCGGAGCUUGCGCCUUUUGUUGCAUAUCUUCUUUUAUCUUUUUAGCGAAACCUAGUAGAGGAACGUGUGGAGCGAGCAGAUUUCUAGUCGGAUUUUGUUAUGCUGCUCUCUACGCUCCUAUACUCACAAAGACGAAUCGAGUCUACAGGCUAUUUCCAACUGAGCCGAAACAAGUCACUAAAAAGACAAAGUUAACGAGUCCAAAGUCUCAAAUGUUCAUAGUUCUAUGCCUGCUUUCUAUAGAAGUAUUCGUUCUCAUCUCGUGGUUAGUUGCUCUACAGCCAACUUCAACUUUUGUUUAUCCGUCACGGGAUAGUAAUAUUUUAAUUUGCAAAGGAUUAGCGAAUACUAGCUUCUUGGUACCGCUAAUAUAUCCUCUACUUCUAAUGCUUGCUUGUACUUAUUACGCAAUCAGAACACGAAAAACUCCUGAUGGAUUCAAUGAAACGAAAUUCAUAGCUUUUACGUCCUAUUCUACAUGGGUAAUUUGGGUAGCAUUCCUCCCAACUUUCUUUGUAUUCUAUACAAUAAGGCCUAUAGCUAUUUCACUAUCAGUUACGGUCAAUGCAUUGAUUGCUGUAUCGUGUAUAUUUGCUCCAAAAGUAUAUAUAUGCAUAUUUAGACCUCAUAAGAACACAAGAGAGGCAGUAAUGUCUAGAAGGACUAUGUCUGUGAUUAGCGCUGGAAGUGGAGUGGUUGGAGAAGGACGACCAUACGCCCACUCAAUGGCGUCAUUACCGGAAAUAAAUUUAGAUAUUCGUAAAAAUUCAACUGAACGAGAACCAAUCAGAAAUCGAACGGAUUCCGUUGAAACUUACGUCAACGUUAAGCCGAUUGCUCCUAAGAGAAGGAAAAGUAAAAUUUCGGAUAGUGAGACAAAAGCCUAA